AUGUCGAGCGUUGAAAAUACUCCGCCUACUGUCACAGCGCCUCCAGGCUCUGGCGGUCGCCUCUCCACCGAUAGCGCUUUCUCGCAGAGCCGACCACGUCGACUGUCCAUGCUGCGAUUUGAGCGUCAUAAGCACCAUGGUGCUUCCGGCAACCCGCUUCCACACCGACGCCAUGCCUUUGGCAAACCCAGCUUCUCGGGCUUCCAACAACACUUCAUGGCUGGACUCGGCGAACUUAUCGGCACCACCAUGUUCCUCUUCCUCGCCGAAGGAGGUGCCAAGACGGCACAGCUUUCGGUUUCGGCGGCGCAGAACGAAACCGCCACACCUCUGAGCAACGAGACAAUCAUGUUUAUCGCUUUGUCGUUUGGAAUGUCGUUGUUGGUCUCGGCUUGGAUGUUUUACAGGAUCACGGGCGGUCUCUUUAACCCAGCCAUCACCAUCGCCUUGUGGUGGGUGGGCGUUUUGACCUCAUGUCGAGCCUUGGUUCUGUUCAUCGCGCAGAUCCUGGGAGGUAUCGCAGGUGCCGCCCUGGUGCUGGGCUUAACUCCAACCAACAGCAUCAGCCAAGUGACUACGACACUGCAGCCAGGGAUAAGCCUGGCUCAGGGUUUCUUGAUCGAGAUGCUCCUCACGUCGAUCUUGGUGUUUUCCGUCCUCAUGUUGGCUGUCGAGAAGCAUAGAGCAACCUACCUUGCACCUGUCGGCAUCGGACUGACGCUCCUCGCUGCUCACCUGUUCGGCGUCGUGUGGACGGGAUGCGGCAUGAAUCCUGCUCGAUCGUUCGGGCCCGCUGUUGUCGCUGGUGAAUUCAACUCGGACCACUGGAUCUACUGGAUCGGACCGCUUGCGGGAGGUAUACUCGCUGUUGCCUACUUCUCCUUCCUCAAGGUGCUCAAGUACAACUCGGUCGUCAUGGACCAAGACUCGGACAAGGAGAUCACCGGUCUGAAGCCCAUGCACGUUCGAAUCUGGAACCUGGUACGGCACAGACAGAACCCCGGUGCACUCAACCCAGAGAGUUCGACGCACUACGACAAGUCAGCGAGGCAGAACUUUGACAAGGAGGAGACCGAAGCCUUUGAGGAGAGGGAGGCAAUUCGAAAGCAAAUGAUGGACAAACCCGUCUUUGACGGCCAUGCCCACGAGGCGGCCAACGGUAGGAUGAGCGAGAGGAACAAUGCAGAGCUCAUGUCGACUAGCACCGGCAGCACUGCUCGUCUCUCGAGCGGCGGACAUCAGGGCGCCAUCUUGCCCAAAUGA